UUCCUCGAGCCUGUAGAUACCAACAUCGUCACCGAUUACUUAAAUGUCAUCAAGAACCCUAUGGAUUUUAUGACAAUGCGCCAAAAACUUGAAAGCAAUCAAUAUCCUGAUAUGGAUGCUUUCAAGCAAGACUUCCAGCUGAUAUGUACUAAUGCCAAAAUAUACAACGCCCCUGAUACACCAUAUUGGCGGAAUGCAGACAAGCUAGAA